AUUGAUUAUCUACGACUGAACCUAACCGUUUUGAUAUUCCGUACGACGAUCAUUCCAUAAAAAAAUUUCAACAAUGUUCAUGAUCAAGUCCCCCCAAUCCGUGAAAUAGUUCGAUCAUCAAUGCGUUUAUGAAAUUUUAUGUAUAAAUUCUUCAAAACGUGAACGAAAUUCAAGAUUUUAUAUCAAAAACCUAACCUAACCCACCCCAACUUAUUUCAAAAUUCAAUUUAUUUUAUUCCUAAAUCGGAAACCCAGCAUUCGAUAUUUGUUCCAUAAUUAUCAAUCAACGAUUUGAUGUGAGUUGUGAAACAAAAUCGUGAGAUGAUGAUCAUUCCACCCACAUAAAUGGGUGCCCAAGGGAUGGUUUCAUUCAUCGCAAUUGCUCUUCUACUUUUCCCUUUGGCAACAUCAAUGGAUGAUGUUCGCUAUCUGCAGGUUGAACAGUUAUUCGUCAAUUGCGGAUCAGAGUUUACUCAUUCAAUGGAAGCUCUUCAAGAUCUUCAAUCCAGCGACAUUGAUCAAGCUACAGACGAUACACAUAUUAGAAGGCCUAAUACUGUCGCCAUAAGACGCAAGUUGACUGGAUUAAAUUGUGAGCCUCAUUGCGGUGAAGAACAUGAUCGUUCUUCAUCGGAUGUAUACAUGAAACCUAUUCCAUUUACUGUUUCUAAAGCAGACACGGGUGGUGGCAUUGAUAAUACAACAAUUAUUGUCGUUGUUGUUUCUACUGCAGCCGUAACUUUUCUUCUUGCUACCCUAUUAUUUUGCUGGUAUACAAAAACGUAUGGCGGGGUACAGAAUGAUGAAAAGCCUCUUUUGAGCUUGAGUAGGGGUUCUUCACAAAAACCGCCAUAUAGUAUGCAAAACUCCAUCAAGGGUUCCGGAAAUACCGGUGUCCAAGUGUUAUGUACCAGUUCCGACCAACAAAAACGACUUUCGUCUGUAAAUUCAAGCGUAUCGUUAGGUAUCCCAAUAGAACCACCACCUGGAAUAUUAACUGCUUCCGGAAUACCUCCUCUGAAACCGCCACCUGGCAGGCCGGACUUGGCUCUAAAGACUCCACCCGCAAGGACCAAUCUAUCCGUACAGUGCCCACCUGUCGGAACUACUCAUUCUCCACCUAACCGCUCACCUGCCGCCGCAGUUCCGCCUGCUCGAAUUCCAUCAGGCAGACGACCACCGCUUCCACCGCCUUCUGCUGCACCUGCACCUGCACCGCCACCACCACCUCCACCGCUAGCUGGAAAAGCACCACCACCGCCUCCACCAUUAAAGAAAAAUCCAGCCCCACCGCCUCCACCGGGUGGCAGUAGACCACCGCCUAGACCGCCCGGUCCGGGGUUGAAAGCUUCCCGCCCUUCGUCUGAACCAGGUGAGGUCGAUGGUGAUGACGCUAACAAAGCUAAGCUAAAGCCGUUCUUCUGGGAUAAGGUUAACAUGGCUAACCCUGAUCAAGCAAUGGUUUGGAGUCAGAUACGAGCCGGGUCAUUCCAGUUUAAUGAAGAAAUGAUUGAAAAUUUGUUUGGAUAUAAUAAUGCUGCCGAGAAAAACAAAGGUAGCAACAACAAGAAGAAGACUUCAUCACAAGACCCCUCUUCGAAUUUAGUUCAAAUUCUUGAUCCGAAGAAGGCCCAAAAUUUGUCAAUUCUUCUAAAAGCACUUAAUGUGACAACAAAUGAAGUUUGUGAUGCACUUAAAGAAGGAAGCGAGCUCCCGUUAGAACUUAUUCAAACUCUGCUAAAAAUGGCACCAACCGGGGAAGAAGAAUUGAAGCUAAGGCUAUAUAACGGGGAUAUUUCUCGCCUUGGAACCGCAGAACGGUUUUUAAAAAGAUUGGUGGAAAUACCAUUUGCCUACAAACGGCUCGAGUCGUUACUUUUUAUGUGCACACUUCAAGAGGAACAAGAUGUGAUGAAGGAGUCCUUUCAAACUUUAGAGGCUGCUUGUAUACAACUUAAGAAAAGCCGGUUAUUCCUUAAACUCCUGGAAGCCGUUUUAAAAACCGGGAAUCGUAUGAACGAUGGAACAUUCCGUGGGAGUGCCCAAGCAUUUAAACUCGACACACUCUUGAAACUUGCCGACGUAAAAGGUGUCGACGGAAAAACAACUCUUUUGCAUUUUGUAGUACUCGAAAUGAUUCGGGCCGAAGGUAUACGAGCUGCCAAAACAGCUGAACAGACCAAAAAACUCUCCUCCUUUAGUUCCGAUGAACUUCUAGAAGAAUCCGCUAACACUUCUCAAGAUUCAGAUGAAUAUUAUCGCAAUCUUGGCCUUGAAGUGGUUUCCAGUUUGAGCAACGAGCUUGACGAUGUCAAAAAAGCCGCCAUUCUUGACGCCGAAGGGUUGACCGGCAUGGUUUCGAAAUUCGGACACGCGCUUAUAAAAGCACGCGAGUUUUUAAAUACGGAACUGAAGAGCAUAAAUGAAGGAAAAGGUGACGAUGAAGAUGAUGAGGAUGAGUUUUCGGUGAUUUUGUCGAGUUUUACGCAGGAUGCGGAGAAGGAUGUGAUGUGGAUGCUUGAGGAAGAAAAGAGAAUAAUGGCGCUUGUGAAGGAUACAGCGGAUUAUUUUCAUGGACAGGCGGGGAAGGAUGAAGGGUUGAGAUUAUUCGUGAUUGUUCGCGAUUUUUUAAUUAUUUUGGAUAAAGUGUGUAAAGAAAUUAAGAAUAAUCCUCUCGUGAGACCGAUUAAGAUGACACUGAAAAAAGAUGGUUCGCCGUCUAAGCAGACGGAAAAGAAAGACGUUUCGUCGUCCGAGACAAAAGAUGUUUCGGAACCCAGGAUGACACAAACGGCAGAUGUUUCAGAACCUAAAACAUCACAAACGUCAGAUGUUUCGGAACCUAAGACAGCACAAACGUCAGAUGUAUCAGAACCUAAGAGGACACAAGCGUCAUAUGUUUCAGAACCUAGGACAACACAAACAUCAGAUGUUUCGGAACCUACGACAACACAAACAUCAGAUGUUUCAGAACCUAGGACAACACAAACAUCAGAUGUUUCAGAACCUAGGACAACACAAACAUCAGAUGUUUCGGAACCUAAGAUGACACAAACAGCAGAUGUUUCAUCACCUAGGACACGUGAAACUGAUGAUGUGCAACAUGAGACGCGUGAAAACAGGGAUGUACAACAUAUGACACUAGAAACUGAGGAUUUGAAACAUGAGAUACAGGAAACUGGUGAUUCUAGUACACAAAAAACUGAUGAUUCGAAACAUGAGACACGUGAAGAUAAAGAUUUACAACCUGCGAAAGAAGAAGAGGACGAUUCACAACAUAAGGAAACUGAUGAUUCACAACCCGAGAGUCAAAAGAAAGACGUUGAGGAAACGAGUGGGAAAGCAUCAGAAACAAAGAAAGUCCCAUUUCGUGUUCCACAUGAACGACUUAUUCCUGCCAUUGCUAUGAGACGUGUGGAUAGUUUUAGUUCCAGUUCAAGUUCAAGUUCAGAUGAGGACUAGUCCAUAGUUCUUUUUCCUGAUAUAUAAGGAAAAGGAGAGGGUAGCAGGUCCCUCGCCGUUGUACCAUUUGUUGAGAGAAAAGAAGAACGUAGUCGUGUAAAUUGUUGUAAAAUCUCGAUACAAACCCACUGUCCUCGAUCUUUAUGCGUUGUUGAGUGGAGGAUGAAAGCUUGAAAUGAUUGUAUAUAGUGAUGUACAAGGGCAUUUUUCAUAGGCUAGUUGAUGUAUCUUGUGAGUAGGAUGAUGGUAAUGUUAUCAAAAUGAAAACUUGUUAGGGGUGUUUGGGGCUUGCUUGUUUACAUAUUUUGAAAAGCAAACAAGCAAUUUUUAUGUUUGGUUGAAGAUUAA